GGAUCUGGAUUUUCCUUGAGAGCUACUGCAUCCAACCAAAUUCUAAAGAUUGGUACCUCAGCUGACUAUGGAGUCUGCAAGGGAAAAAGAAAAGAUGGGAUGGCUUGCACGCUUGUUGUAAAUAAGCGUCAAGGUGCUUACUGCCAAUAUCACAAAUCCAAAGCAUCAGAAAAAUAUUCCACAAAGAGAACCGAACUAAUGGGAGGGAACUUGAGAACAGCAUUUAGAAAUCCUCCUAUAUCAGAAGGAAUAUACAUGGUUUAUCCUCUAUCUGAUAAUACAAACUUGAAAAAGCCGUCUAAGCCAGUUAAACUACUGUCUGUGGAAGCACUUAAACGUGCACUAAGCAAUGGAGAUAAGGUGACAACAAAUAGACACUCGCAGGGCAUAAGAUUUCUUAAUGCAGUUACAGGGGAAAUGGGUUCCAAAGUAGCAAAUGGAGUAUCUAAAAUGGUUGGGUCAGAGAAGAGGAAAGAAUCUGUUGUAAAACAAGACACAUCUCUACAAAGAAACAAACAUGUAGAUUCAAAGAGAAGGAAAGUAGAGCAGGAGCAAACUUUGGAAUUCAAUUGGACUCUGCGAUGGGAAACUGAUUAACCUUUCACUCCAUGGUGCCAUAUGUUUUGUGUUUUGGUGCACUGAAGUUAAACA